UGCAAAGUCGAGAGAAAUCAAACGAAAAUGGAGGACGAGGCUGAGAUUUACGACGGAGUCCGAGCCCAAUUCCCUCUUUCAUUCGGCAAGCAAUCAAAGCCCCAAACCUCUCUCGAAGCCAUCCACAGCACCACUCGUCGCUCCUCCACCACCCCCGCCACCGCCACCGCCACCACAAACAAGACCGAUGAGCUGCCUUCUCUUUCUUCCUCUUCCAAAGACUGGCUCUCGUCUCUCCGAAACCCUAACUCUAACUCUUCUACCAAUGAAGACGAAGCCGAUUUGAUUGGCCCUCCUAGACCGCCUCCCGAUGACGAGGACGAAGAUGUUGGGCCGAUCGUUGGGCCGCCGAGGCCGUCUGCGGCCCAAUUGGAGUCUAUUGAUGAGGGGGAGGAGGAGGAAGAGAUGGUUGGGCCGCCGAGACCGCCGCCUGGAAUGAGUUUCGGCGAUUCAGAGGACGAAGAAGAAGAAAUUGAGAAUCAGUUUCGAAUUCCACUUAGUAAUGAGAUUGUUCUCAAAGGCCACACCAAGGUUGUAUCAGCUCUUGCUGUUGAUCCCUCUGGGUCUAGGGUUCUUUCCGGCAGUUAUGACUAUACAGUACGUAUGUAUGACUUUCAAGGGAUGAAUUCUCGUUUGGCAUCAUUUAGACAGCUGGAACCAUCCGAAGGUCAUCAAGUUCGUAAUCUAAGCUGGAGUCCAACAGCAGACCGUUUCUUGUGUGUGACUGGCUCAGCUCAAGCUAAGAUUUAUGACCGUGAUGGACUUACGCUAGGUGAGUUUGUUAAGGGAGAUAUGUAUAUUCGUGACCUGAAGAAUACCAAGGGCCACAUAACUGGAUUGACUUGCGGAGAGUGGCACCCUAAAGCUAAAGAGACAAUUUUAACAUCGUCAGAGGAUGGUUCAUUGCGUAUAUGGGAUGUAAAUGACUUCAAAAGUCAGAAGCAGGUCAUCAAACCAAAGCUUGCAAGACCUGGGAGGGUUCCAGUUACCACGUGCACCUGGGAUUGUGAAGGAAAAUGCAUUGCUGGUGGCAUAGGAGAUGGUUCAAUACAGAUAUGGAACCUUAAGCCUGGAUGGGGAAGCAGGCCAGACAUACAUGUUGAAAAAAGUCAUUCAGAUGAUAUUACUGGACUUAAGUUCUCAAGCGACGGACGAAUUUUACUUUCAAGAAGCUUUGAUGGUUCACUGAAGGUUUGGGAUUUGCGCCAAAUAAAACAGCCACUUAAGGUGUUUGAGGAUCUCCCAAACCACUAUGCUCAAACUAAUAUUGCGUUCAGUCCGGAUGAGCAAUUAUUUUUAACUGGUACAUCAGUUGAAAGGGAAAGCACAACUGGAGGUUUGCUAUGCUUUUAUGAUCGAGCCAGACUUGAACUUGUUUCCAGAGUUGGGAUAUCCCCAACUUGUAGUGUUGUGCAAUGUGCUUGGCACCCAAAGCUCAAUCAGAUCUUUGCAACAGCUGGAGAUAAAAGCCAAGGAGGAACUCACCUAUUAUAUGAUCCAACCAUCAGUGAGAGAGGGGCUCUUGUUUGUGUUGCACGUGCCCCACGGAAGAAGUCUAUUGAUGAUUUUGAGGCAAAACCUAUGAUUCACAAUCCUCAUGCUCUUCCUUUAUUUAGAGAUCAGCCAAGUCGCAAGCGUCAGCGAGAGAAAGAAUUGAAGGACCCAAUGAAGUCCCACAAGCCUGAACUCCCAGUAACAGGACCAGGCUUUGGUGGAAGAGUUGGCACUAGUGCAGGCAGCUUAUUGACCCAAUAUCUUCUUAAGCAAGGGGGUAUGAUCAAGGAGACAUGGAUGGAUGAAGAUCCAAGAGAAGCUAUAUUGAAGUAUGCUGAUGCUGCUGCAAAAGAUCCAAAGUUCAUUGCUCCAGCAUAUGCACAAACCCAGCCUGAACCUGUUUUUGCAAAGUCAGAUUCUGAUGAUGAAGAGAAAGAGAAAUGACCUGUUGAUUAUGGUUCUAAAUAGCUGCCAUUAUUGGGGAUAGCUGUUGCCAAAGAGCACACAGUUAAGGCCGGUUGGGGUGAAAACGUUAAUAGUCCCAUAGCCUUGUAUCUUUUCUGACCUUCCUACCCCCUUCCCUUUCUUUGAAUUAACAGUUGUAACAUUUGAAUAUAAUAGUAUUUGAUCUAAUAGAGAAAGAAAAAAAAAAGUUUGCUAGAGAA